AUGUUAUUUGGCUUCUUAAUCUUCCUCGUCCUCGUUUUGGGGCAAGAAGUUGCUGAACUCGCGCCGAAAAAUCACAAGCGAGGUAUAGUCUUCUUGUUCAACAGUACUUAUCCUACCGAUUAUCAGCAGUUUACGGGAUCCGGUAAUACCAUCACCUGGUAUUACAACUACGGGCAAUCACCUAGCUCUCAGCUUGCAUCUUCGCAAUGGGAAUUCGUUCCGAUGGUCUGGGGGAAAGACCAGGCUAAGUCGAUCCAAGGAAACAUUAAUAAAAUAAAAUCAGCGGGCGGAAGAGUUAGUCACAUUCUCGGAUUUAAUGAGCCUGACAUCCCCCGUAAAUGGGGUGGAUCAGACAUGUCACCUAUCGAUGCAGCAACACUUUGGAAGCAAUACAUUCAGCCUUUUUCUUCUCAAGGGAUUAAACUGUGCACCCCUGGUGUAUCUUCUAGUCCAGAUGGAUUUACUUGGAUGUCUAACUUCUUCUCUGCCUGUUCCGGCUGUACCUUCGACCUCCUCUGCCUCCACCACUACGGGAGACCAGCCUCAAGCCUCAAGGCCCACUUAGAAAAAUAUCACAGGAUAUAUCCAUCCUUGCCAAUUUGGCUUACUGAGUUCGCUGACUCUAAAGAUACUGCCGACAAUACCAGACAGUAUAUUAGCCAAGUUCUUCCACAACUCGACUCUACACCUUACAUCGAACGAUACUCGUACUUUGGAGCUUCCAGGGAGUUGGUUAGUAAUGUCGGACCGAAUGCUGCUCUUCUGGAUAACGACGGUAAAUUGAAGCCGAUCGGAAGGGCGUAUUUCUUUGCAGAAAACCUUCAGGCCUGA